AUGUCUUCGAAUCCCGACUUCCCUUGUCUCUUUUCGCGCCUAACGCUGGGUCGCCAAUCGUGGACGAGACCUCCCUCUUCCGCAAAUAAAACAGCUAAGGAAUUGGGGCCCGUCAAAUGUAACAACCCAUCAACAUUGUUGCACUGUUUGUGGAGCUUGGACAAGCCAAAGUUGUUCCCAUACGGCUGGCAAUCCUAUGGACAGAAAUGUAUUCGCUGGGUUUGGCAACUCACCACCAGCAUCCAACCAACUCUAGCGGAUCAACGGCGCAUCAGCUUAGUUCCCGGACUGUACCUCCUGUACAAAACAGGACCGUACCUUCCGUAUUACGACAGGACCGUACCAGAACCACACAGCACGAAGUCGCCGCAUGGAGCCAGAAACAGAAUCGCACGCACGAACGAAACAUCAAACACCUGUUACCCAGCCCACAGUGUCACAAUCCACGGGUCCACGGAAGGCGAGGACACGGCGCUAUGGGAGCAAGAGAGCGCAGGGCAACGUGAAUCCCUUCAGCUGGACAAAUCUCAUGGCGACGCAUUGGUCACCUUGCUUAUCCAUGAGUAA